UGAAAAAUUGGAUGGACAGGAGUGUUACUCUCCCACUAUAUAAAUUCUCUCCUAGGUCCAGUGAUAACUCGUCUUGGUGUAAAAGCAUAAAACACCAAGCCGAGAAUAAAAGAAAAAAAACCUCUGACCGUGAUUUCUGAAUAAAAAUGGAUCACUCUGCAAAACUCCUGUGGGUGUUGGGUCUAUGCGUGGCUGUAAUGGCACAGCAGGCAACUGCACUGGACCUAUUGAAAGUAAACCUUAUUGGCGGAAAGGAAACACCAACAGGAAAGACUCUGAUCAACAAGGUAUGUUCAGCGUCCCCAACCAAAGACCUCUGCGUUCAGGUCCUCUCUUCUGAUGCACUAAGCACCACCGCAAACCUCAAAGAAUUGGCAAUCAUUUCCCUCAGGGUUGCUGCCAGAAACGCUUCUGGCAUCCUCGCCGACACCAAAGUUCUCAUCGAUGACGACGAACUUGACCCUGAUGUCCAACAAGGUUUGGCUGAUUGCAAGGAGAACAUCUUGGACGCAGAAAGCCAGCUGGAGGACACCAUUGCUGCCUUGAUGAUCAAUUCUGAUGGUGACGCUCAGCUUUGGCUCAAGGCUGCCUUGGCUGCCAUCGACACCUGUGAUGCUUCCAUCCCCGGAGACGACGACAUUCUCUCCGUUGAGAGCGCCGUCUUCCGCAAGCUCUGCAACAUCGCCAACCUCGUCAUCAAGCAACUCGCUAAUCCAACCAAAUCUUAAAAACCUUCGGCUUUGUGAACCCAUACAUGUAUCAUUUUGUGUAUUACUCUUUUCCUCAUCCGGUGUUUGUCAUUUUUAAACUCAGCAACUGCUCUCCAAGUCUUUUUCUUUCUGUCUUUUGUAAUGUGAGAAAAUGAAGGUUGCUGUGUUUCAGAAGUUACACAAACAACGCGAUGAUAUGUGGUGCAUGCAGGCUGAUUUUCCGUGUGAAUCUUUCA